CAACAGAAUGGCUAACAAAGACCAAAGCAUUCAAUCCUUCGACAGUCAACCCAUCAUUAGUCCACACCCACCAUGAAAUACGAAAGAGUGACAUCGCAACCCGAGAAUCCGUAUUCCAAGCUCAUCCCCGACCAAAAGAUUGCCGUUAUCCCAGAGAUCGGCCUCGAAAGCGGUGGUGUUCUAUACAAUGUGCCGAUAGCGUACAAGACAUAUGGCUCCCUGUCGCCCGCAGCCGACAAUGCCAUGGUUAUCUGCCAUGCGCUGACUGGCAGUGCUGAUGUUGGCGACUGGUGGGGUCCCUUGCUUGGAGGUCCUGGCAAGGCUUUCGACAUGUCGCGCUUCUUCGUUGUCUGUCUGAACAGCUUGGGCAGUCCCUAUGGAAGUGCCAGCCCGGUCACGAGUAAGGAUGGCAACUCACAAAACGAGCACUACGGCCCUGAGUUCCCUUUGACCACCGUCAGGGACGAUGUCAACAUCUUCAAGCUUGUCCUGGACGAUCUGGGUGUCAAGCAGAUCGCUGCAGUAGUUGGAGGCUCCAUGGGUGGUAUGCUCGUCCUUGAGUUUGCCUACUUUGGAAAGGACUAUGUUCGCUGCAUUGUACCCAUCGCUACAUCGGCCCAGUACAGUGCUUGGGGAAUCAGCUGGGGUGAAGCUCAAAGACAGAGCAUCUAUAGUGAUCCCAAGUACGAUGAUGGAUACUACACCUUCGAGGACCCUCCUUCCACAGGUCUCUCGGCCGCCCGCAUGUCAGCACUCCUGACUUACCGCAGUCGCGACUCGUUUGAAUCCAGAUUUGGCCGCAACACUCCCGACCCUUCGCGCAGGCAGAACAUCAAUGGCUCCUUCCGUCCCUCGACUCCAUCAAGCGACCACUUUGCCAUACACAAUGAGGGUCACAAGAACGCUGGUUCGCCUCGCUACAGCCGCGUCAACAGCUCCGCCGAUCUCUCCACCUCGAUCGAGUCCCUCCCUCCAGCCAACACUCCUCCUCAGAUGAUCAUGGAUCCUCAAUUCCACGGCACCACUCCUCUCCCCACGAACGCUCCUCCUCCCUCAAGCAGCAGACUGAAGCGUACACCCACCUACUUCUCCGCCCAAUCCUACCUCCGCUACCAAGGCGAGAAGUUCAUCAAGCGCUUCGAUGCCAACUGCUACAUCGCCAUCACCCGCAAGCUAGACACACACGACGUCUCCCGCGGCCGUCUACCCGCCGACACCCAGACCACAACUCCCGUCGCCGACGCUCUCGCCUUGAUCGAACAACCGACACUCGUCCUGGGUAUCCAAUCCGACGGCCUCUUCACUUACGCCGAGCAAAAAGAACUCGCCGCCGCAAUCCCCAACUCCGUACUCAAGAACAUCGACUCUCCCGAAGGUCACGACGCCUUCCUCCUCGAAUUCGAACAAGUAAACCGCUUCGUCUUGGACUUCUUGCACGAAGUCCUGCCCGACGUCAUGGCCAGGGAGCCCGUGGACUUUGUCAGCCAUGAUGGUGUCGAGGGUGACAAAGUCGUCAAGACCAGCACUUUCGGCGAGGCCGAGGUCGCUGACAUUACCGCUUGGUAAAGUGACAAGACAAAGUAUGAGGAGACACAGACAGGAUAGAUUUUUUCUGGAGCGUAUCAUUUCAACCACAUUUAUGUAUUUAGACGAUUCUCAUGACCAAAUUAAAUUUCAACAUUUUUGGACGCAUUCUAUCUAUUUACACCCCAUCGCAAAAUACUCGACUGCUUGGACAUUGUUUACAACAAUGGCUUUUC